UCUUCUAACAUUAAUUUUGAAACUUGCUUCUCUCUAAAUUUUUUUUCCAAAGUGAGAUCCAAAUUUAUUUUAAGAGGUACUUACUAACAUACACAAUGGCAACAAACAAAUUUUCAUCUAUUGUGUUGCUUUCGUUGAUGGUGUUUGCUGCUAUUUUGUUGCCAAUGAUUUCAGGACAAAUGAUACCAUGUUUAGAGGGGGUAUGUACAAACUCAUCGGAGUGCAAUGAACCCUGCAAAUCAAAAGGAUACCAAGGAGGGGCUUGUGUACGCAUGAGCAUAGACACACCCACCGGUGCUUGUUGUUGUAAACCUAAUUUCAAAUCUCAAGAUUCUUUCGAAUUUAAUGAUAUUAAUAAUUAGUACAUCACUAGAUAUGUAUGUACUUUUUGAUAUGACUAAAAAAUAUAUUCAAAUAUCUUUCGGUAUGCAAUGUCUUGAUUUAUAUAUGUUUCGAUGUGGAAUCUAUAAUUA